AUGAAGAUUUCUAAUGGAGCUUGUACACCUGAGCAACAUGUUGGACAAUCUGUCAAAGAUUUUCCAGAAGAAAAUUUGACAAAACAGCAGGUACAACAAUUUCUUGGUGUUGUCAAUUAUGUGAGGGAAUUUAUUCCCAGAGCUUCAAAGCAUAUUAGUCCCCUAACUAAAAUGCUAAAAAAGGAUCCUCCUCCUUGGGGAUCAUCUCAGACAACUGCAGUCCAAAAGCUGAAGGAAACUCUUUUGAGUCUUCCUACCUUGUUCAAUCCAUCCACAGGGGAAAGAUUUUACAAACAGAUGCUAGUGACAAAUACUGGGGAGCCAUUCUACUUGAAGAAGAUCUUGUUGGAAAAAGGCAUUGUUGUGGAUUUGCCAGUGGAAAAUUCAAGGCUUUUGAGCAACAUUAUCAUUCCACUUUCAAGGAGAUACUUGCAGUAA